AUGGCACCCGUCACAUUCUGGCAAGCGCCUCGGCAGUACAUGCAAUGGGCCAUGCGCGCGAAACCUGCCAUUGUCUGGAGCAUCGCACUCGGCAGCCUUGGUCCUGUGGUGAUGGUCGUCGUGCCUCCCAUUAGAACAUACUUUGGCGAUGGCCCGAGGCAACAAAUACCACUGUCAUAUCCGAUUCCCAAAGGCCCACGAAAGACACUUUCCGGAUACGAUGAUUGA